AUGGCGAAACUUGUUGAUGGGGCUAUUCUGAGUGGGGGUGGACAAACGUUUAGAAUGUCAAUUGCUUUAAGUUCUCUUUGUCAAUUUCCAGUGGAAGUUUUUAAUAUAAGAGCGAACAGACCUAAAGGUGGUGGCUUAUCGUAUCAACAUUUAACCGGUCUUAGAUUAGUCAAAGAAUUAACUGACGCCGAAGUUAAAAAUGAUACGUUACGUUCCACGAAUGUUAUUUUCGAACCGAAAAGAAUUAAAAGUGGAACGUUUGUUGCUGAUACUCAAACAGGAGGUGUGACAUUAUUACUCCAAAUUUCUCUACCAUGUAUCCUAUUUGGAUCUGAUAAAAGUUAUAUUACAUUAAAAGGAGGAACAAAUGUUGAUUUUGCUCCAUCAAUCGAUUACACGAUUAAUGUAUUUAAACCUAUGCUUCAAAAAUUUGGAGCAGAUUUUAAUUGCGACAUUUUUUUAACCGAAAAUUAUAAUGAAGGUUUCAUUCAAGGAAAUGGUGUAAUAUCGAUAUCAGCAUCACCAGUUAUGUCUUUAUCUCCAAUCGAUUUGAUGGAUUUUGGUGAAGUGGAAAGCAUUAAAGGAGAAGCUUUUGUAUCUGGAGUUUUACCCUUUUCUAUAGCCAAAAAAAUGGCUCAGGAAGCUCAAAAUUUGUUAAGUAAAAAUGUAAAAACAGAAAUUUCAAUCAAACCUGUAAAAUUUAAUGAUUCAGAAGCAUUCGGUAAUGGAUGUGGAAUUAAUUUAUUCGCUAAAACAACAACCAAUAUUUAUUUAGGGAGUUCCAUUUUGAAUAGAGAUAGAAACGUUGGAGAAGAAGCUGCUAAAAUAUUAUUAGAUAAUAUUAAAGGUCGACGAUGUGCAGAUGAAUACCUUCAAGAUCAGUUGAUUCUUUACAUGGCAUUAGCCGAUGGUAAAAGUAGGAUUAAAGUUGGUCCGAUAACUAAUCAUACGGAAACAGCCAUUUACGUCGCUGAAUUAUUAACUUCAGCCAGAUUUAAAAUUGAUAAAAUUGAUGAUAAUGACACUAACGUAAUCGAAUGCACAGGAAUCGGUUUUAAAAAUAAAACUAAACUUAAUUGA